AGCUCAUUAUCCUCUUAGCUCUAAAUGGCCCCACGUUCCUGCACUCCGCUCUCCAUCUCGUCUGCUGUCUGAGACGCGGGGCCGAAGCGUGACACGAAAACGAUAUUCGUGCGUAAAUAAAAUGACCGUGCCCACCACCAUUCAGGGGUCUUAAGAGCCGCUGCGCAUUACGCGUAAAUUGCCCGUGCAGCCGCCUCUCCAGCCGGUCGUUCGCGCGCCUGUCGUGGCUUCAGUGUCUCUCUAUCCGUCCGUCCUGUGUCCAACCCACUGAUCUUUUACAGACUGUAAUCUUAUCAGUGUCAAAUCGAGGCUGCCCUCUCCUCUCGGGCAGAUCCUGCCCCUCUUUGGAUGGCGUUUGAGCCCAUAUUUGGAUAAAGAAAAACGACUUUUUUUUUUUUUUAACCAGAGAAACGGAACUGUUACAUUAAUAGUUACAUGCUUGUUUGAACGCGGGAUAAGAUGAACAUUUGACCGAUUGAAACUUCGGACCAGAAGCAGACAUGGAGUCUACAUGUAAAGAAAGGAGUCUUUUAUACCUACUUCUGUUCGCAAUAUGCACAGCCAGCGUUUGUCUUUGUGCGAGAAGAUCAAACGUGCGCAGAUCUGAUCGUCUGAGUCCACCGUUAGACAUCCAGCUGGAGACCAUUAACUGCACGGCCUUCAGUGUACGAUGGAAGAUGCCCCGACGACACGUUAGCACCAUCACUGGAUACAAGGUCUUCUACACGGAGAUGAAGAACGGCCGUCCGAUGGGUGCAUCGUCUCCGUCUUUGAUGGAGGUUCCCCUCAGCUUGGACAUGCUGACCACUGGACAAUUUGACGGACAAGCAAGCUUUGACGUGCACAUUGCUAAUCUGAAGGUGAACACUAAGUACAGAGUCAGUGUUGGAGCGUAUGGUUGGGCUGGGGAGGGCAGACCCAGCAUGGCCAGAGACAUCGGCACAGCUACACAUGACAUGUGCAUGCCCCCGUCGCCCCCAACUCAGCCUGUCGUCAUGGCUGUGUCUGACACGGAGCUCGCGUUGUCAUGGCAGCAAGGCGAAAGUGAAGGAAGUUCACCUGUCCUUCACUUCCUGGUGGCUUACAUCAGGCCAGAAAUGGACACGGAGUGGACCUACAUUCGUGAGCCCAUUGAGACUAACUCCAUGGUUCUGAAGGGGUUAUUACCGGAGACAGAGUACCAGUUCGUCAUCAGGGCUGUCAACGUGCACGGGGCGAGCCCGCCGAGCCACAUCAACAGCCCCGUCCGCACUCUGGGAGCGUCUGAGGUUGGCAGUGGAGACUACGGUCGUUACGUCACAGACUCAAGGAACAAAGACGACGACAUCUUUGACGUCGAUGACUCUGAUUACGACAUCUUUAUUGAGGAAUUAAAGCCAUUCCCAGGUAUCAAUCAGGACAACAGGAAGUCACAGCUGCGAUCGCGUUCUGGUCCGCCGUCUGGUCGGAACGUUGUUUACCGGAUGAACACCAUCGCUCCACCCAAUGUAACUGCACCUCCGGCUCCGUCCACCACCUCGCCUUUGAUCCCAGACUUCUCAGAUCUGAUUUUCUCCACCACCUUAGAGCCCAGUACGACCAUCAUCACCACGACUGCCCCACCAACCACCACCACCAGCAGCACUUUGCCCCCCACCACCACCACGCCCACCAUGUCCCCCUGGAGAGAUGAGGUGCCUCGGGUGUACGACCUGACCUGUGAUGAUACGGUGUGCCCCCCUGACAGCUUCUGUCUCAGCGAUUUUGACAACGGAGGCUCACGCUGCCACUGUAACCUGGGACGACGAGGGGACACCUGCUCUGAGGUGAUACCAGUAAACUUUCCCAGGUUCUACGGCUACUCCCACAUGACGUUUGAGCCCUUGAAGAACUCUUACCAGACGUUUCAGAUCACUUUGGAGUUCAAGUCAGACUCUGAGGACGGCUUGUUGCUUUACUGUGGAGAGAACGAACACGGUCGAGGAGACUUUACCUCGCUGGCUCUGGUACGAGGGAAGCUGCACUACAGGUUUAACUGUGGCACAGGAGCAGCUCAGAUCGUCAGUGAGAGUAGUAUCGUUCUCGGGCAGUGGCACACAGUCACCGUGUUCAGAGACGGCAUGAGCGGCUGGCUGCGUAUGGACAACGACACGCCAAUAUCAGGACGCUCGCAGGGUCAGUACACCAAGAUCACUUUCCGCUCCCCGCUCUACCUGGGUGGAACUCCGAGUGCCUAUUGGCUGGUCAGGGCGACGGGGACAAAUCGUGGUUUUGUGGGCUGCAUUCAGAGUCUGACCAUCAACAGCAAGGCCACAGACAUCAGACCGUGGCCUCUGGGCAGAGCUCUGAGCGGAGCUGACAUAGGUGAGUGCAGCGACAGCGUGUGCGACCUGGUCAGCUGCGCUAACGGUGGAGUCUGCUUUGCAAACCGCGCCGAUGGCUACAUCUGCCUGUGCCCGCUCGGCUUCAGAGGAGCUCUUUGUGAAGAGAGUUUCUCUCUGGCCUCGCCUCUCUUCAACCAGACGGUGUUUUCGUAUGCCGUCAUCCCGUGGCCUCAGUCCUCUCAGAGUUAUCUCUCCUUCAUGGAGUUUGAGCUGACCUUUUGGCCUUCAACGCCCGACGGGACUCUGCUGUACAGCGAUGACGCGGGCAGCGGAGACUUCCUGGCGAUCAACCUGGUGGAUCGAUACGUUGAGUUCAGAUUUGACUGCGGCUCUGGAGGAGCUACGAUACGGAGUGAGGAGCAGAUCAGUCUGAACACGUGGCAUGAGCUGAGGGUGUCUCGCACGGCAAAGAGCGGGAUCCUUCAGGUGGACAGCCAGCGGCCAAUAGAAGGAAUCGCUGAGGGAGCUUUCACUCAGAUCAACUGCAGUUCACCUCUUUAUAUCGGAGGAGUACCAGGAUAUGAUAAAACCAAGAGGACAGCAGGAAUCAAACAGCCCUUCACUGGAGUCAUUCAGAAGCUGAUCCUCAACGACCGCACCCUCCCAAUAACUACCGGCUCCGCUGGUGGCAUUAACGUGGCGAACUCGGAGCACCCGUGUGUGGAAAGUCCCUGUGCCAACGGAGGGACCUGCAGGCCAAAGUGGGACAGCUAUGAGUGUGACUGCCCCCUAGGGUAUGACGGGAGGCACUGCCAGAAAGAGUGUGGGAAUUACUGUUUGAACACUGUGACUGACGCCAUUGAGAUCCCUCAGUUCAUUGGCAGAAGUUACCUGACGUAUGACAACAGAGACAUCCUGAAAAGGGUGUCCGGCUCCAGGACCAACCUGUUCAUGCGAUUCAAGAGCACAGCCAAAGACGGCCUGUUGCUAUGGCGAGGAGACAGUCCAAUGAGAACCAACAGUGACUUCCUGUCCAUGGGGCUUCAGGAUGGGGCUCUGAUCUUCAGUUUCAACCUGGGCAGUGGUGCAGCUAACAUUUCUGUUAACGGGACAUUUAGUGACGGGAAGUGGCACAGAGUCAAAGCUGUGAGGGAUGGUCAGUCCGGGAAGCUGACAGUGGAUGACUACGGAGCAAAAACAGGCCGCUCGCUUGGAAAGAUGAGACAACUCAAUAUCAACGGACCCUUAUAUGUUGGUGGCAUGAAAGAGAUAGCGCUCCACACAAACAGACAGUACGUCGGGGGCUUGGUGGGCUGCGUGUCCCACUUAACUCUCUCCACUGAUUAUCACUUAGCUCUGGUGGAGGACGCUGCUGACGGCAAGAACAUCAACACUUGCUCCGUUUAAAGAAUGGCUUCAACACACCAAAGUCCAUCUUUAACUGGAGUGAAUGCGAACCAGCUGAUAUGAAAGUGACUCACCGGCGACUAAUGAGUGAAAAUUUUGGUCUUUUAAUUCAGGGCUGAUGGUCUUAAGUCAAACUGUUAUUUCGAGUCACAAGAACAUUUGAAUGACUCCUUUUUUAAAGACAGCUCCAGCCUACCAAGCUGUGAGUUUUAUUCUAACAUUGUUGACUUACUGCAUCGCUUUGAAAAAAUGUGUUGACACACAAAAAAAGAAGGA